UUUUUAAAACAGUUGCGUUACCUUCAUAGGUUAUUGAGGUUGGCAGCACUAUCUUCUCCAAUAAAAUCCUUUUCCCUGUGUUAACAGAACAGAAAUGUCUAAAAGAGGACGUGGUGGAUCGGCCGGAGCCAAAUUCCGGAUCUCCCUGGGUUUACCCGUAGGAGCAGUUAUAAACUGUGCAGAUAACACCGGUGCGAAAAAUUUAUUCGUAAUUGCCGUACAUGGAAUCGGAGGUCGGCUAAAUCGUUUACCAGCGGCCGGUUCCGGUGACAUGAUUGUGGCGACUGUAAAAAAGGGCAAACCAGAAUUACGUAAAAAAGUCAUGCCAGCGGUCGUUAUACGGCAACGGAAACCAUUCAGGAGGAAGGACGGUGUGUUUAUCUAUUUCGAAGAUAAUGCGGGGGUCAUUGUAAAUAAUAAAGGGGAAAUGAAAGGAUCCGCGAUUACAGGACCUGUAGCGAAAGAGUGUGCAGAUUUAUGGCCGAGGAUUGCGUCGAAUGCUAGCAGUAUCGCUUAACAUCUGUAACCGUUAACCCAUAAAAUUACAAAAAAAAUGUUGUUAACAAUAAAUUGUUACAGCGCAUCA